UGUGAAUAUUCAUGGUUAGUUAAUUUCAACACACGUACAGCACGCAGUUUGCCCCUGAUUUUGAACCUGAUUGUGUCGAAAAUAGAGCUAAGUCAAUUAAUUAAUAAAAUAAAACUUUUAUGGAUCCAAAUUCAACAAAUAUAUAAAUAAACAAAGUGUCAAUCCCGACGAGAUUAAGCACCUACCUACACCUUGUACUUGAAGAUAACGCUAAAAAACGGUGAUAUGCAAAAAAAAUGACUUUGUGAGCUGUGAAGCUUGAACUUGGUGAACAUUUAAUUUCAAAUGUUCGUUGUGAGAAUAUUGGUUACAGUUGCUAAAGGUAUGCCAAAUGUCUGUUAAACCAAAUAUUGAACUUGGCUUCAUUGGACGCAAUGAAAUCAACGAUGCUAUCGAUCCAGAUGAACACCGCGAGAUAACAAAAGACCGUGAGAUAAGCCAAGGUGACGGUUACCAAAAGUGUUACACAUUUGAAGAGGCAAUUCGAGUUGCAGGCCAUGGAAGAUUUCAUUAUUUCGCUUUAUUGGUCACCGGUACGUCGAUGGUGGCAUUAGUCGGUGAAUUAAUUGGAAUUGGCUAUUCGGGACCGGCUGCAAAAUGUGAUAUGAAAUUUACAACAUCACAGCAGGGCGUUCUGAAUUCCAUUGCGUUUCUCGGCUUCGUUUGCAGCUCGCAUCUGUGGGGCUUUCUCUCGGACACAUGGGGUCGGCAGAGAUCAUUGCGUCUGGCUCUGAUAAGCACAUUCACUUUUUCGGCAAUGUCUAGCCUUUCCAUAUCGAUUGCAAUGCUAAUAACGACGAGAUUUUUUGUCGGAUUUUGUAUUGCAGGAAUACAGUCGUCGGCGCUACCAUUUUUAGGUGAACUUCAUAGUAAUCAAACUAGGGCUAGAGCUGUAACGUUUGCCACUAUGUGCAUGACUUUAGCGGUUUUACUGAUGUCACUAAUAUCAUGGGCUAUAAUGCCAAUGAAGUGGUCUAUUCCAUUGGGAUUCAUAACGUACACUCCGUGGCGUUUGAAUAUUUUGUGCUGUGGCUCUAUCAGUUUGCUGGGGUUUUUGAUGCUUGGAUUUUUGCCAGAGAGUCCAAAGUUUCUACUAUCACUGGGAAAGGAACAGGCGACCAUAGACGUUUUAAAACGAAUUCACCGUGUCAACAAUAGGUCAUUACGAACAAAUGCAGCAUAUCCUGUAAUGUCAAUUCAAAGGGAAUCAAUUGGAAAUGAACUGGCGAGCACUAAUUUCAAAAAUGUUAUAAAAUUGAUCUGGGAUCAGUCGUGGCCUUUAUUUGUAGGAUCGCAUCUCAAGAAUAUGUUGCUACUUUCAUAUCUUGCGGCUGUACUAUAUGGUAUCUCACAUGGCUUGAAUAUGUGGCUACCACAUAUUUACAAUGUGCUGAUCGACUACGUCGACGAGAGUAUAACUGUAUGUGAUGUGAUUCAUAGCACUAUGGGUAAGGCGAGUCAGUCUGAAAUUGUGGCCAUUGAAUCCGGAAAUAAUGCUAGCAUUGCUGCAACAGUAACAGAAUGUUCGAAUAUAGGAAAUUCUUUAACAUUUAUAAUGAUGCUGUUUUUCGGCAUUUACUUAAUAUUGGUAUACGUAGCAGUUGGCAUUUUUAUCAAAUGGAUUACGAUCAAAACAAUCACAGCCGUUGGAUUACUCUCUUCGACUAUUUGCGGUGUAGCAUUAAUUUGGUCGUACAAUUUUUACGUUUCGUAUGUAUUGCUGUCUGUACUGUUAAGUUGCGCAAAUUUUGCUAGUUUGCUGGGUGGUUUGUGUCAGGAUCUCUUUCCAACGCAGUACAAAUCCAUGGCAGUUUGCUUUAUUUUUAUGUUCGGGAGAAUCGGAAGUGUGGCAGGAAGUAAUUUGAUCGGACUUUUAAUUACUACCAAUUGUACGCUUGUCUUGAUCAUCUAUGGAUGUCUGUUGAGCAGUUGCGUGAUUCUAUGUCUGUUGUUUUUGAAAACGCCGUCGUCAAAGUGAUGCUGUCCGAGGAAAAUUAUUGAAUUUUUAUGAUACAUUUCGGGAGAUUAAAUAUAUGCUCAAAUCUAUAACACAAUGAAAUUUUAUUAC